CACGUUUCUCUCCACAGCAGCAGCCUUCUCCUAUCUUCCCCCAAUCGUGACUACCCCAGAGAUGAUACGUACAUCCCUCCACUCUUCCAUCAUGGAUCAGCCUAGAAUCACCCUUGGUAGUUGAUUAGCGCUGUACUUCGAUGUGGUCCUAGCUCUGGGAAUUGCGAGGGAGGCCAGACGAGCAAUGCCUGACCCAUAUAAACCUUUGCCUCUCUUAUCUGGGUUUCUCUUUUUUUUUCUUGUCAGGUCGCUAGGUCACUUCUUCUUCCUCACCCCUUUUUGGCUCCCAGACGCCAGAAAAACUUCCUCUUUGACUGGCCGUCUUGCCUCACUCUCCCUUUCACCAACUCAUUCUAUCAGACUUCUAUCUGUUGUGUGGCUUGCUGGCAGCCAUCAUGUCUCAUAUUGAAACGACCGAGGACGUUCGGUCGACUCCCUCGCCCAAGACCCAUGAGGAGACCCACAUCGAGAAGAACAGCAGCGAAUACUUUGAAAAGAUUGAAGAAGGACCUACUUCAUAUGCUGAGAUUGCUGCGGCAUCUCUUUCGCCCUCUCAUCGAGAAUACCUCCUUCAGCGUCAUGGAACCUUGGACCUCGAUCCUAUCCCGAGUCCGUCGGGCGCAGACCCGUACAACUGGCCUACCUGGAAGAAAUUGAUUAACCUCAUCCUCGUCGCCUUCCAUGCCUGCAUGGGAACAUUCACCGCCUCGAUUAUUCCAGCCUAUGAAAGUAUCGCGGAGGAUCUUGGGGUUUCUAUGCAAAGAGCCAGUUAUCUUACUUCGCUUCAGAUUGCGAUUCUAGGAGGUGCACCUCUGUUCUGGAAGCCCUUGGCGAAUCGCUUCGGACGCCGCCCCAUCUUCCUUCUAUCUACCAUCUGCAGCUUGGUAUGCAACAUUGGUUGUGCGAAGAGUCCAACCUACGCUUCUAUGGCCGCCUGUCGAGCCUUGACGGCCUUCUUCAUCUCGCCGGCAGCGGCUAUUGGAAGUGCUGUUGUUACCGAAACCUUCUUUAAGAAAGACAGAGGCCGUUAUCUGGGUGUCUGGACAUUGAUGGUCACCUUGGGUGUUCCAGUUGGUCCCUUGAUCUACGGUUUCAUCACAUACCGCGUAGGAUACCGUUGGAUCUUCUGGGUGCUGGCCAUCACCAACGGUGUUCAGUUCAUCCUGUAUAUAUUCUUUGGUCCUGAGACCCGCUACAUCGGCGGUAGUACCGAGGGCAUGUCCGACUUCAAGGCUCAAUACCUAUCCUUCCGCCGCAUUGACCCAACACCACUCACACUCCGCGAAUUCUUCCACCCAUUGACGAUGGCCGCACGUCCUAGCGUCAUGAUUCCCGCUUGCGCUUAUGCUAUGGUAUUCUUGUUCGGCAGUGUCAUGAUCACGGUCGAGGUGCCCCAACUUCUACAAACCAAGUUCGGCCUUAAUGCGGAGCAGCUGGGUCUUCAGUUCAUUGGAGUUAUUAUCGGCACAGUCCUAGGCGAGCAGAUUGGAGGUUCCAUGUCCGACUUUUGGAUGCGCCGACGUGAGCGCAAAAUACAGCACAAGCCGGAUCCCGAGUACCGCCUUUGGCUCAGCUAUCCCGGAGUGAUCCUGACUAUUGUCGGUGCCAUUGUAUUCCUGGUCUGCACUGAACGGGCUGCUCCGAACCACUGGGUUGUGUCGCCAAUCAUCGGCACAGCCAUUGCUGCCUUUGGCAACCAGCUUGUGACGACCGUUCUGGUCACUUAUGCGGUGGACUGCUAUCCGGAAGAUUCCGGUAGUGUUGGCGUUUUCAUCACGUUUGUUCGCCAGGUAUGGGGGUUCAUUGGUCCGUUCUGGUUCCCCGACAUGUUCGACAACGUUGGUGUUGCGGCCAGCUCAGGUGUCUCAAGUGCGUUGAUGUUUGCUGUCAGCUUCUUGCCAGUCAUUGCCGUCCAUAUGUUUGGAAGGAAGUGGCACAAACAUAACUAGCUAAAUGUAUUUUACGACGGAUGUAUUUCUUAUGACUUGACCUGAAUUCAUUUUAUCACCAUUUUUACAACUCAGCAGUAUGAUAGUAGUAGUUUAUUGUUCUGUACAGCUUCAGUUAAGAUAGAAAAAAUCGACACGUUAAAUAUAUACAAAGAAU